GGGGAGCAGCCCACUGACCCACAUACCUCCGCCAGGUUGUCCUCUGCAGACAUGAGGCUUUUACUGUCGCUGCCCGUCCUGGGACUCGUCCUGUUCAUGGCUUUGGCAGGCCCAGCCCCAGCGCAGGCCGCCCCGGACCUCACCAACACCUGGGAGGACUUCCCGGCCAAGCUGAAGGAGUUCGGGAGCACCCUGGAGGACAAGGCCCGGGCAGCCAUCGAGCGCAUCAAGCAGAGUGACCUUCCUGGCAAAACCCGGAGCUGGUUUUCAGAGACAUUCAGCAAAGUGCAGGAGAAGUUCAAAGCCACCUUCUCCUGAGCUGCUGAGGGCCGCGCCUGAGCAAAGACUUCUCCAGGACUCCCAGGUCCUCCCCCAAUAAAAAUCCUACAGAUUC